UGGGAGCAGUUGAAAGAUUCAAGAUGGCGGCGAGCAGGAGACUACACAAGGAGCUUGAAGAAAUCCGCAAAUCUGGAAUGAAAAACUUUCGUAACAUUCAAGUUGAUGAAUCAAACAUAUUGACAUGGCAAGGACUCAUUGUUCCAGACAACCCUCCAUAUGACAAAGGGGCAUUCAGGAUUGAGAUCAUCUUCCCUGCAGAAUACCCUUUCAAACCACCCAAGAUCACAUUCAAAACGAAGAUCUAUCACCCCAACAUUGAUGAGAAGGGGCAGGUCUGCCUGCCUGUCAUUAGUGCAGAGAACUGGAAACCAGCCACCAAAACUGACCAAGUAAUUCAGUCACUCAUUGCCCUGGUAAAUGACCCACAACCAGAGCACCCUCUGAGGGCCGACCUAGCAGAAGAAUACUCAAAAGACCGUAAAAAAUUCUUUAAGAACGCUGAAGAGUUUACAAAGAAACACGGAGAAAAGCGGCCAGUGGACUAACAACACAAGACAAGUGUGUAGCCCCUCCUCCAAAACCCAAACCCUUCCUUUUCCUCUGAUCCUCUUCCCUCGCUCUACUACAUUCUCGACACCCAAACGGCAGUCUCUAUCCUCCCUUCCGCUUUCUCUCCUUCUCUCCUUUCCACGUGUCACUCUAGUCGAGCUGGAGAAGUACAGCACAGCUGCAGCCUCCAUCUGUAAGCCGGAUGCCGUGAGGACAUCUGAGUUUGUGGUGUUAGCUUGAGGCCCUUACUAACUUUCUGCUAUGUUUUCUUUUCUUUGUUUCUUGAGUUUGAAAACAUCAAAAGUUGGGUAGAGGAUAACUUAAGAAGUUGGAGAUAUUGAAAUUGUUCAGGGAGUUUCAGUAAUGAUUGUUGUUUGACCCUUUUUGUAAUUAAAAUAUGAAUCAUUGCAUUAUUACACACACACAAAAAUAACAACUUUCAAUCACUUUUCGAAGUGACAGAUGAAUUGUAAUUUAUCAUGUAUGUUAUUUUGUUCCCUCAAAUGGAAAAAAUAAGAAGGAUGUAAGGUUACACAGCUGGAAGAUUUCAGCGACAAAUAUUUCAUAUAACCAUUUACUUUUCACUGCACUUGUUGGGUUGCACAGUAUGUGUGAGGAACAGGCUCCUUUCAACACUUUAAUAAGCCUCGAAUCGGCAAAACCACUGUAAAGUCAGUAACAAGGUGGCAUAGAAGCCAAUAUUGCUAUGAUAAACUUUGUUUCACAAAUGAAAAAAAAAAUGAAAAAUGCUCUUGUGUGAGUGAAUAUAAUUUUCCAUGAUGAUCACUAAUUUUAAACAUCUCUCUUUUAACAUGUUUCAUAGGAAAUUCUUGUAUAUUGUUACUGAUUUAUUAUUUUUUUUUGUUUGUUUUUUUUUGGUUUAAACAUGUAAAUGGCCCUUAGAUUUACAGAGAUGUACGCUACUGAGAAAUAUUAUUCCCCCUUUCUCCAAAAACAGAAUAAACGCAGUAGUUGAC